CUCGGCAGAAUGGCUCCCACAAAGAGGGGUGGCAAGAAGAAGAAGAAGGGCCAUUCUGCCAUCAAUGAGGUGGUGACCCGAGAAUACGCCAUCAACAUUCACAAGUGCAUCAUCCAUGGAAUGAACCUCAAGAAGCGUGCCCCUUGGGCACUCAAAGAAAUCCAGAAAUUUGCCAUGAAGGAGAUGGGGAUUCCAGAUGUGAGCAUUGACACCAGGCUCAAUAAAGCCAUCUGGGCCAAGGGACGAAGAGAUGUUCCAUACAACAUCCGAGUACGAUUGUCUAGAAAAUAUAAAGAUGAGGAUUCACCAAACAAGCUCUACACAUUGGUAACUUAUGUGCCUGCUACCACACUCAAAAAUCUACAGAUGUUCAAUGUGGAUGAGGACUAA